AACUGACAGUCAAAUUAUUUGAUUUGAUAAAAUAAAUGGAGAAAAAAUUGGUGUUUUGCGAAAAUAUCAAUGAUCGAAUUAAAAAAGAAUUUAUUACUUUGUGAGAAAUAUAACACUGGUAUACGUUGAAAGCUGUUGAAAAAAUCAGUUAUGUACCGUCAGUUGCCUGGUGACAGACUGGAAAGAGCUGGGUGUCUUCGAGUCUUGGGAGUCACCUACUGUUGUCCAAGUUCAAAAAUAAAAGCCCACAAACAAAGAAAUAUGAACAGAUUGAAAAUACUUUGAAGGACAGAGGACAAUAUAAAACAGAAAGUAAAUUAUUUUACACAAAUCGUAAUAAUUUAAACGAAUUUGAAUGUGUGCAAGAUGCAAUUGAGAUUGACAAUAAAAACAGAGACAAUAUUAUGAAAUAUAUUAGUUCAUUGAUGUCAAGUAAUGUUAAUUUUAAAGAUUUUACUAUUCAAUUAUUUAAAUCUGAAAUCAAAUUCAUUUUGACUAAUAUAAGUACUUAUAAGGACAAAUGGAACAGAAUUGAUGAUUCAAAGGGUGCUAUUAUGAAAGUUUACAAUACUUUUAAUUAUACAGAUGAUAUUAAAUAUGAAGCUAGGCUUUUGGAGUUACCAUUGCCAGAUGACUUUAAAUUAGUUAUAAUAACACCUAAUGAAGUAGACGUGCUGUGCAAUUUAUUCAAUAAAUUAAGUAGACAAGGCUUGACGGCGGCUAUUAGUAGUAUUCAGCCGCUUUUUACAUCUAUUUGUAAACUUCAAGAACCGCAUAUUAGGUUUUCUUCUACCUUUGAUACAUUACAGCAAAUCACUAAUAUUGAGUACAACUUGGCGAAAACUGAAUACGGAAAUGUGAAAAUUGACGAACAUGGUGUUUCAAUAAAAGUUUUUACUUAUAUGUGUCCUUCUAAUAAUCGACCAAAUGACUGUUCGAAACUGGAAAGUAACAAUCUGAGAAAUACAUUUUUUUUCGGACUCAUAUUUAAAGACACGCCCAUAUUUACCGGACAAUACGUUGAUGUAACCAAGUUUUAAAUUAAAAAAAAUAAACUGAUAUUAGUAAA